GCUGAAGAGGAGGUGGACUCGGGCGAAGGGUCAGGAUGGCUAACGGGCUGGCUUCCCACCUGGUGUCCUACAUCUACAUCACACCUUAAAGAAGCUGAAGAGAAAAUGUUAAAAUGUGUUCCCUGCACUUACAAAAAGGAGCAUGUUCGUAUAUCUAAUGGGAAUAGAAUAUGGACACUGAAAUUCUCCCACACUGUUUGCCAUAAAACUCCCCUUGUUCUCCUCCAUGGUUUUGGAGGAGGGCUUGGACUCUGGGUACUGAAUUUUGGAGAUCUUUGCACCAAUAGGCCUGUUUAUGCUUUUGACCUAUUGGGCUUUGGACGAAGUAGUAGACCCAGGUUUGACAGCGAUGCAGAAGAAGUAGAGAAUCAGUUUGUGGAAUCCAUCGAAGAAUGGAGAUGCGCCUUAGGAUUGGACAAAAUGAUCUUGCUCGGGCACAACCUGGGUGGGUUCUUGGCUGCUGCUUACUCACUGAAGUACCCAUUGAGGGUCAGUCACCUCAUUUUAGUGGAGCCUUGGGGUUUUCCUGAGCGACCAGACCUUGCUGAUCAAGACAGACCAAUUCCAGUUUGGAUCAGAGCCUUGGGAGCAGCAUUAACUCCCUUUAACCCCUUAGCGGGCCUCAGGAUUGCAGGACCCUUUGGUUUAAGUCUAGUGCAGCGUUUAAGGCCUGAUUUCAAACGGAAGUAUUCUUCAAUGUUUGAAGAUGAUACUGUGACAGAGUACAUCUACCACUGUAAUGUACAAACCCCCAGUGGUGAGACAGCUUUCAAGAAUAUGACAAUUCCUUAUGGAUGGGCAAAAAGGCCAAUGCUGCAGCGAAUUGGUAAACUGCACCCUGACAUUCCAGUUUCAGUGAUCUUUGGCGCCCGGUCCUGCAUAGAUGGCAAUUCUGGCACCAGCAUCCAGUCGUUACGCCCACAGUCAUAUGUGAAGACUAUAGCUAUCCUUGGUGCAGGGCAUUAUGUAUAUGCAGAUCAACCCGAAGAAUUCAACCAGAAGGUCAAGGAGAUCUGCAACACAGUGGACUGAGCACACUGAAGCACUGUAGGAACAACUGGUGACUGGCAGGCUCUUUGGCAAACUCAUCAUUAUAGCCAAGAAUGAGAAAUAACCCAAGAGCUAGGCAGUCUCCUGUGCUGACUUUGCACAUGUUUUUAAGAAGUCGCUUGCAU